ACCGUCAACGACAGAGAUUGCUACAGCCAAGCCAUCAGCAAUAAUUACGGUUUCGGCCGUAUGACAACAUCUAUCUGCAGAUAUGGACGACGCGUCCCGAGAUGUUGUCAGCGCCCCAAGAGAAGUUGCAAUCAUCUCAUCUAGUUGAGGUCGCUCGUCGCGUGUCACCAUUGCUGUGACACACUGACAACAUCUCCUUCGCAAGUUCAACCAUCGCUUAUCGCAUCUUCAGGGUCUCCUACGUGUCGUGGUUCCGCUUACUGUCGAAGUACGUGGUACCUCCGCUGUCAGCCUCCGGGAACGACUAUGGAGAUUUUAUCGACAGCAGCCCCGUUUGUUGCGCUCACAGCCAAGACGACGGUCAACACAAUGACGACAGCUGCGACGCAGCUCGUCACUAUAGCCAGUACCGGUGCUUCUGUAACGACGACCAAUGCUGGUCUGGAUAGCGUAGCCAGCAAUAGUGCCGGCAGCGGCAGCAAUGAAUCGGUUCUUAUCGUCCUUGACAAGGUCGUCUCGCCGAGUAUGUCCAACUAUACGGAUAUCUUACUGCAGACGUCGUCGACGGAACCGAACAUCACGAUGAUCACGUUGAAAGGCGCAAUCCUUCUGCUAAUUAUCCUGUUGACGAUUACGGGCAAUUUGCUCGUGCUCGUGGCGAUCUUCAUGAAUCCCAACCUGCGUACGACGACGAAUUAUUUCAUUGUCAAUCUCGCUAUUGCCGAUUUAAUGCUUGGAGCAAGCGUUCUUCCGUUUUCGGCCACGUUAGAGCUGCUGGAUAAGCAAUGGUAUUUUGGACAGAUAUUUUGCAACGUCUGGGCGGCAACCGACGUUCUUUGCUGUACUGCAAGCAUCAACUCGUUGUGCGUCAUCAGUGUCGACCGCUAUAUCGGCGUGACGCGACCAUUGAGCUACUCGAGUAUCGUCACGCAUCGGCGAGCCGUCACCACGUGCGUUGUGGUGUGGAUUCUUUCGUUUAUUAUCUCAGUUGGCCCGCUAUUCGGCUGGCGGGAUCCGCCUAGUCCCAACAAUCAGUACUCGUGCGAAGUGAACAAAAAAACGGGCUACGUCAUUUUUUCGGUGCUAUUUUCAUUCUAUAUACCGACUCUCGUCAUACUUGUCGUCUACCAACGAAUCUACCGAGCGGCUACACGUCAAACGGAGUUUCUCGAAACCGGUGUAAAAAUUGUCAAGUCAGGAGCUGGAAGCUCAGAGAGUGGGGAACUGACCUUGCGUGUUCAUCAAGGCCACUCAAAGUCCGCCAGUCAACAACGGGAAUUUAGAGACGAUGGAAACCCUAAGAUGGUCACAAUGGGACUACAGGGAAGGCUAGCAAAGUUCAAAAGGCAAAAGAAAGCUGCUAAGACCUUAGGAAUAGUUGUCGGAGUCUACUUUAUAUGCUGGUUUCCGUUUUUCUUUAUACUACCACUUGAUACCAUUUGCAGUUCGUGUACGACACCACCACUUCUUUUCGAUGUAAUCUUCUGGACCGGCUAUUUCAACUCAUGCCUCAACCCGUUCAUUUAUGCAACAACAAGCCGCGAAUAUAACCGCGCUUUCCGCACAGUCCUUCGUUGUCACUGGUCCCUGAGGGGAUCGGCUCGGGCCGAUGCCCAUAACGCUACGGAUUAUCAAUGGUCUAACUCUAAGACUGUUACCUACACAAUCCGUGAUUCGAAAAGUCCACAACGCCAGGCACUCAACCCCGGCGGUGGACCUCCACGGCUCUCGUCCAAGCGUAACAUGAUCAAGGAUGUUUCCUAGGAAAAACUCAACCCGCACUAGUGGGCUUGCACCCGAGGGUGAUGCAUAGUCUGUCGCGCUCCGAAGUCUAUAUAAAUAUUGCAAACAAUUCACAGCACUUAUACUGCAGUAGGUCGUGUGCAAUAAGCAGCGGAAGAGGGACCUAGAUCACGCUGGACGGUGGGGCCAAGAAGAUAGCUAGAAUAUGAAUGAGUCGCAAAUUUUCUAAGAAAAUCGUAUCCCUCUACGUCAAGAGACCGCCAACAGGAUAGAGCGUCGAGUCAGGGUCAUCGUUUUAAAUAAAUGUGCAUCGUGAUAAACAGUAGCGAUGUGCCGGUGGAUGUAGUGAUGGCACUAUCACACGGGUGUGGGACACCGUUAAAAAAAUUGCAAAAACAACAGGAGGUGGCAGCUGAGUACACGUGCACGAACAGGGAACCAGUAGAUAGAAAAAAAAUCCCUUUAUGCGUUGCCUAGAGCACGUCUGAUAGUGACUAGCCGUGUGCUAGUUUGUGUGCGCCUUCUUAUGGGUUCGUGCAAUGUGAUAUCGUUUAAUGGGGUUGGAGGGAGUUGUGUAAAAUGUAGAUGGCGUAUCUAUGCGAAUAUGUGAAUGUGUAUAAUUCUGCGCGGGCAGGGUGCGAGAACUGGUGACGAUGAUGCCGCGUUUAAAGUAUGAUUUUUUCUCACACUGGUUACUGACCUCGUAGUCAGAGGUAUUUUGAAAUGGAGCCACACAAGACCGAUUCACCUGAUAAAAGUGCUUUUAAAAACAGCCCACUACAGCUAAAGGUGGCGAGAAUAAACCGGAACGUAAACGAGUUGGACUCCGCACAACAGAAAUAAUAUUUAUUUAUUUAAUAUUUCUACCCUAGUCGAACAGGUCCUUGGAAACAUUUAUUAAGUACAAUAUCAAGGACAUUCCUCUAUUAGAAGUCCAACCGAAGCAGAUAUUGCAGAACUUAUUCUCGAACACGCCUAUGAAAUGAGACGGCAGACAUACAAGCCUAAAUACCUUCUUUUGCUUUAUUCCUUAUUUUCGCAUCCUUUCUUAUGUUCUUGACUAUAAUUAUCUGGCAAUAGCUUCGCCAACGGUAAGCACUGAACCAGCAUGGCAAAAAUUAUUGUUAUCAUGGCAACGCAAUCAAAGAGAUGUGCAUUUGCCACGCAAACCAUGCCGCCCCUUAGCAGGUGUAGUGAAAAAAACAAAAAAAAAAAAAGCUUCAAACGACUACAAGAUGCGCGGAUAUGUGAUCGAGUUCUCACACUACGCGGUAUAGAACAACAUGCUUUCCCAUGACAAAACGUUAAUAGCGAAAAGCGUUGUUGAAAUACCCUGAGACGAAAUUUUUAGUAAAAUAAUUAUGAAACAUCGAUAUGAGAUAUACUGGCCUCGAAAACAUCCAUAUAUAAACGUGUCCGAUAUAUGCUAUACGAAGACAAAGGGAACAGCCUAAACAACUUUCGGACGAAACCUAAGGACGGAGCAAAAACGAAACGCGCGGAUAAAAUCUACGAAGAUAUCAAAAAAAAGUGAAGCACAAUGGAUACAACCUGAUGCCGAACGCAGGCUGCAAUCCUGGCAUAUAUAUAGAAAAAAGGUAAAAGUUAUGAGAGUGCUGAGGAUAACGAUGGUACAUCGUUAUCCUCAGCACUCUCAUAACUGGAAGUAAAAGAACUGAUCGAAAACUGAUUGUAUUGCACUAUUUGGUAUAUUAUAAUUAUGUAUUGUAGGUAAGGAGUAAAUUAAUGAGCAUGAAUUUUAUUAUAUAUAUAUUUGUGUGAAAUAUACUAUAACAAGAGCUCGGUAGGUGAUAGCGGCAUUGAGGCAACUAGGACGCGAAGUAUAGACAGUGAAUAGCCUAAGCUGAGCCUAAAUCUAUAAUGUGUUGUUCUGUCGUUGGGAAUCCUACAGGGUUUUCGGGCCUACGAGGCCUACACACUAGCUGAUGUGCCCGCUAAUGAGCACUAGACUGGAUUUAGUCGUUCUAUGUUAUUGUUGCUAAUUCCGCAACUGCUACAGAUAGCACUCAGAAGUACAGACAAUGUAAUUAAACCUGUACAAAAAAAAGAAGUAUCAAAAUACAUAUGACUGAGAUAAGGUUGGCUCCGAGUCUUCGGAAGACACAGGGAGAAUAAGAAAAAAAGCGAAGGGGCCAGGCACAAUGGGUACUUGGACAAAACACGACAAGCUGAUAAUUACAAGGAGUUAAUAGUACGAAUUUAGCUUUAGAGAAAUAGUGCGAUAUGCAAAAAAUGGUCGGUUGGAUUUUUGCGAGCGCAUAUUAGAAAAUAUUGGAAAUUAAGAAAUCUGAAAUAUAACAUUCUUUAUUUUUGACAACGCGGUAACCGCCAGCUGCGAUGUUAACGAGUUGUUAAAGAACAUUUUAUCUAUCUUGAUCAGCAAUUUAUUAGGACCUCUAUAGUCCUAUAGCGAACAAAUAGGUUCAGCCAUUUGACCUGGUGAUUUUGAAUAAUUUUUUUCUAGCUUUAUUUAGAUUUUUACUUAACUGAAUAUUGGAAAAACAAUCAUUUAUGUGUUUAGUCAAUAUGCGCGGUUGCCUUCGCCCUUUAAUCCAGAUCGUCGCUACUUUCCAAAUGGACCACAGGUUAUUGCGAAAUUUUCACAAUCACCUCAAAAACAAUAGUAAAAGUAACCCAAACGCAUUACACGAAACUAAAAAUACAGAUAGACCCCAACAAAACAUUCGACAACGUUUUUUUUUUCUUAUUUUUAGUUGUUUGUUCUUCUUUCCGAAAACGAGAAUGCGUAAAAUAGACAUUAUAUUCUCAUCGGUGACUCACAAGACAAACGGACUUUAUCUGCAGAC